UAGGCAAAUCAAAACAAAAACAACUUUCGACCGCAGCGGAACUCGCCGAAUUAAUUCGUUUUUGAUUUUCUUGCGGGCGGUUCUUUUUCGGAAUCUGAAGGUGUUUGUAUUUGCCAAGCAUUUUUGGAAAAAAUAAAAUGCCACUAGUAUAACGCAAGGAGUCCUAUAGAUAAUUUCUUCCACCGUUCGCGAGUGAUUGCCUGUGUGAGGGAGUGACAGAGAACAAUAAGUUCCAGCAUCUUUAAUUAAAAUGCAACAACAAAGCGCAUUGUUCUUGUUGCUGCUGGCUGUGACGUCCCAAGGAGCCAGCGCCAGCGCAGACGCCGACGUCGCUGCAGCGCCGGAGUCCAAUUGGAAUGAUAGAGUCAAAGUGUUCACUGUGGCCACUGAACCCACCGAUGGCUAUGCCCGAUACUAUCGAUCUUUACGCGUCUACGACAUCGAGGGAACUACUCUCGGUCUCGGACAAGAAUGGAAAGGGGGAGAUAUGCAAAAACCCGGCGGAGGUUUUAAGCUCAAUCUUCUGCGCGAAGCCAUUGCGCCCUACAAAAAUGAUCCUGAAAUAAUAAUACUCUUCACAGACAGCUAUGAUGUUAUCAUCACUGCAACGCUGGAAGAGAUUGCGGAAAAGUUCAAGGAAUCGGGGGCCAAGGUGCUUUUUUCAGCCGAGAAAUUCUGUUGGCCCGAUAAAAGUCUGACCGAUGAUUAUCCUGAGGUGGAGGGCAAGGCCUCCCGAUUCCUCAACUCGGGAGCCUUUAUUGGCUAUGCACCAGAGGUUUAUGCCCUACUGGAGGAUCCCAUUGAGGACACUGCCGACGAUCAGCUGUACUUCACCAAGAUAUUCCUUGACGAGGCCAAACGCAGCAAGUUAGGCAUUAAGUUGGACACACAAUCCCGGCUAUUCCAAAACCUUCAUGGGGCCAAGAACGAUGUGAAGCUUAAAGUGGAUCUCGAUAGCAAUCAAGGUGUCCUGCAGAAUGUGGAUUUCAUGACCACUCCGGUUAUUAUACAUGGAAACGGACUGAGCAAGGUGGAUCUCAAUGCAUACGGCAAUUAUUUGGCCAGAACCUUCAAUGGCGUUUGCCUGUUUUGCCAGGAAAAUCUAUUGGACUUGGAUGAGAAAAAUCUUCCUGUGAUUUCUUUGGCUCUCAUGGUCACACAAGCCGUGCCAUUCUUCGAUCAGUUCCUCGAAGGCAUCGAGAAGCUAAACUAUCCCAAAGAAAAGCUGCACUUGCUCAUCUACAGCAACGUUCCUUUCCACGACGAUGACAGCAGGUCCUUUGUGAACAAACACGGUGAUAAGUAUGCAACUGCCAAGUACACGCUUUCUACGGAUGAAUUGGACGAGCGCCAAGGCAGGCAGUUGGCUCUGGACAAGGCUCGACUCCACCACAGCGACUACAUAUUCUAUGUGGACGCAGAUGCGCACAUCGACGACAGUGAGGUGCUCCGGGAGCUGCUCAGACUGAACAAGCAAUUCGUCGCACCGCUUUUCACCAAACACGACGAGUUAUGGAGCAACUUCUGGGGCGCCCUUUCCGACGGAGGUUACUAUGCCAGGUCGCACGACUACGUGGACAUUGUAAAGGGCGACUUGAUUGGAAUCUUUAACGUGCCCCAUGUCACGAGCAUUUAUCUGGUUAAAAACACUGCCUUCGAUGCCAUCACUUUCAAGGAUAAAGAGUUUGAUCCCGACAUGGCCAUGUGCCAGUCACUUCGAAAUGCGGGUGUCUUCAUGUAUAUUAGCAAUGUGCGGUACUUCGGUCACUUGGUCAACGCCGAUUACUUCAAUAGUACCGUGACACGUCCGGAUUUCCAUACACUGUUUAGCAACCGGCGCGAUUGGGCGGAGAAGUACAUACACCCGAACUACUCGCUUCAGCUGAACGAAAGCUACCAGAUACCGCAGCCGUGUACGGAUGUCUACUGGUUCCAGAUCGUGACGGACGCGUUCUGCGACGACUUGGUGGCCAUCAUGGAGGCGCACAACACCUGGUCAGAUGGCAGCAAUAGCGACAGCCGUCUGGAAGGCGGAUACGAGGCAGUGCCCACGCGGGACAUCCACAUGAAGCAGGUGGGAUUGGAUCAGCUCUAUCUCAAGUUCCUCCAGAUGUACGUGCGUCCGCUGCAGGAGCGCGUCUUCACCGGUUACUUUCACAAUCCGCCUCGCUCCUUGAUGAACUUCAUGGUACGCUAUCGGCCGGAUGAGCAGCCUUCACUGCGACCCCACCACGACUCCUCCACGUACACCAUCAACAUCGCGAUGAACCGGGCAGGCAUCGACUACGAGGGAGGUGGCUGUCGAUUCAUAAGAUACAACUGCUCCGUGACGAAUACUAGAAAGGGUUGGAUGCUUAUGCACCCGGGUCGAUUGACUCACUACCACGAGGGACUACUCGUGACCAACGGCACCCGCUACAUAAUGAUUUCCUUUAUCGAUCCGUAGGGGAAAUACUAGAAAUAAUACUCUUUAUCAAACUGCCAUAUCGGCCACUCCAAAGAACUGCAUCUUAGCCCAAUGAACGAUUUGUGCCGAUGGAAUUGCUACAUCGGCCUCGGGCCUUAAGUUUCUGAUGAUUUUAUAUACAUACUACUUUGAGAUCGACAGCUUUAUGGUCCCUCGAUGAAUCUGUUACAGCCUUAAGUUAACUGUAAGUUUUUUUACCAAGUGCAAAGUGUUCAAUGUUUGACUAAAUAAAUUAAUUCGUGUAUUAAUUGA